AGUAAAAGCAGCAAACAAGAAGAAGCUGCGGAGAAACGAAACGAAAGCAACGAAAAAGCAAGCAAUGCCCCAGUUUUGGAAGCCAGGCACCGAGAAACCCCGCCUUCUCGACGACGAGGAGGGUGGUCUUCUCUUCUUCUCACUCUUCUUCCUCUGGAUUUGGGGAUUCAAGUAUCGAGAGGCUGAGACAGAGGCUUCCCGUGUACAAUACCUCAAAGAAGCAGGUUGGGCUGAUGGUGGGCGUGUUAUAGCUUGCACACAACCAAGAAGAUUGGCUGUUCAGGCAGUUGCUUCAAGAGUGGCUGAAGAAAUGGGGGUCAAGCUUGAAGAGGAAGUUGGCUACACAAUAAGAUUUGAAGAUAUCACCAAAAAUGGUGUAACUAUGAUAAAGUUUCUCACGGAUGGGGUUUUACUUAGGGAAAUGAUGGAUGAUCCUCUCUUGACUAAGUAUAGGCGGCGGCAGUGGAGGCGGCAGCAGUUGUUGUGAUGAUUGAAAACUUGGGAAAGGAUGUUCAUUUGGUCCAUUCAUGAGAGCUAUCAUCUCUCUCCGCACUUCCUCGAGAAGCUCAUUUCUUAAUUGUUGUCGGAUUGUUAUAGUGAUCUCCUCUCGCUCUUUGAAAAUCCAUUCGCAUUUGAUCAGCCAUGUCUCCAACGCAUUGUUGAAAUUGUGCCUCAA